CAAAUUAUAUUCGCUUUUAAUAAUGUCCAAAGAUCUUUACAACGAUUUAUCAAAUAUCGAUUUCCUAUUAGAAUCAUUGCUAGAAUGUAAUAGUUCACCCGAAACUGAACGAAAAUCAAAGUCACUUGAGGUUCAAAAACAAGAAAAUUCAACAAAUAUUGCGAAAGAUUCAAAGUCCGAUUUAUUUACAACUAAAAAUAACCAGCAGAAGAAAUCAAAUGAUAUUACUAAAUCCAAUUUGCACUUCUCAAAUACACAUAACUUAUGCAAAUGUUCGCUAAAAUGCUCUCUUAGAAUAAAAAUGGAAGAUCGCUUGAGAAUAUUUAAUGAUUUUUGCAACAUAGAAAAUUACAGCAUGCAAAAUUCGUACUUAACUUCUUGUGUGAAGAAUAUUCCAAUAAAGCGUAGAAGGCGUAGAGGAGACCCAAGAACAUUUUAUAAACAAAAUACUUUCAUUUAUACUAUUAAAUUGAACAAAAAGAAUGUGAGAAUAUGCAAAACUGCUUUCAUGAAUGUACAUGGUUUGCAAAGAAAUAGAGGAAGAGUUAAUAGCAUCCUAGCAUCUAUUAAACACAAACAAAAAGAGGAAACUUUGAAAAGUAAAGAAAAUGUUCCAGAGGAACCAAUAACACCACUUUACUAUGCAUGUGAUUUAGAUGAACUUAUCACUACUGGCAAUUUAGUAACAGUUUAUAUGGUUUCAUUAGAACAAGAUAAAAUUAAUGAUGAUCAAAAGCAAUGUAAUUGAGAAUUAGUAACAUCAACAUAAUGCU